AUGGCGAAAGUAACCUACAAAGACCUCAUCCCCGUGGGCACCACUCUCAUUGUUGGUGCGGUGUGUUUCGGGCUUGGUGUCAUCUACGGCAAUUGGCCGUACUCGGUGGAGACGCUCUACCGGUACAACACCGACGCGUUCGACCUGACCCUUCGCCACUACCAGAUGUGGGCCAACACCCCUCCCUUCGUCCACUACGUGUUUCACGCGGUGAUGGGCUUGGGUCUCAUCGGGUGUUUCAUCAAGUUGUACAAGCCCGACCCCGAGUCCCAGUACUUUGAGUACGGGACGUUGGCGUUGGUGAUGUUGUCGAUCGUCGUGUACCUCACCAACUUGAGAACGGGGAUCAACUCGUGUAUCUCCGGUAACUGGGGUGAAGUCGACCAAAACACAGGUCUCAACGUCAUGGCCGCGUCUCAGGUGAUGGUGGCGGUGAUCCUUUUGGGGGUGUUGGUGUUGCAAGGGGGGUUGUACUAUGCUGAGCUUGAGGACCGUGACCUUAAAAGAAAGUUCUAUGCCGAACAAGAGAAGGAAGCGCAACAACAAGCCGAAGUGAACGAAUUGGCGGCGGAAGACGUCGCUAAUGAAGCGAAGGAUAAGAAGAAGCUGAAGCUGAAACUGAAGCUGAAACUGCCUGCAGGCGAGGCGAAGCUGACGGGCACCGCCAAGAAGUCGGCCAAGAAGAGAGCCUAA